AUGCAAGAUGAGACGCAUCUGCGUGUAAUGGACUGCAUUGGAUUUGGCAGCUGGAGCGCUGUGCAUUGCGUGGGGGAUGGGGGGAAGCUAAAUGGGGGGUAUUUGGUGGUGCAUUUGAGGAAGCGAUGCGCUGGUGUUGUGUUUGGGAAGGAGCUGAACAUGGGGGAUGGGGGGAAGCUAAAUGGGAGUAGUGUAGAGCAAAGUGUGUAUUUGGUGGUGGGUUUGAGGACGCGAUGCGCUGGUGGCAAGACGGCAGCUAAUGUUGGAGGAAGGCCAGGGGUUGUGUAUGUGGAGCAGCGUGUCAUUUUGUGGUUGAGCAGGGAGGAGCCGAAGUGGUAUGUUGGGAGUUGGUUAGGAGGAUUUGAGUGGGCGAUAAUUGUUGGAGUGGAUGCCGUUGGGGCAAGACGGGCAGCUAAUGUUGGAGGAAGGUCAGGGGCUGUGUAUGUGGAGGACUGUAUCGGUUGGUUGUUGGGCGGGAAGGAGCCGAAGCGGUAUGUUGGGAGUUGGUUAGGAGGAUUUGAGUUGGCGUUAUUUGUUGGAGUGGAUGCUGAUGCAUUGGGCAAGACGGGCAGCUAA